GUCCUUUUAAGGGCUUUCCUCUCUCCUGGGCUGGGAGGAGUAAAAUCGCGCUGCUCAACAGGGCUCUUUACAGCACCCUUCCAGCUCAGAACAUCCGCAGUCUCCACUCGACCUCGCUCAGGAAACACAGACGCACACUCCCUCUCCAGCAACCAAACAAAAGAGAACAUGGCAAACAAGGGACCCUCGUACGGACUGAGCCGCGAAGUGGCGAGCAAGAUCGAGAAGAAGUACGACGCACAGCUGGAGGACAGAAUCACGGAGUGGAUCAUGGUGCAGUGCGGCGUGGAGAAGCCAGAGGCUGGCAAGCUGGGCUUCCAAACAUGGCUGAAGGAUGGCAUUGUCCUCAGUAAGCUGAUAAACAGCCUGUACCCUCCCUCAGAGAAGCCCAUCAUGAAGAUCCAGGCCUCCAACAUGGCCUUCAAGCAGAUGGAGCAGGUGGCCCAGUUCCUGAAGGCGGCGGAGAACUAUGGGGUGGUGAAGACUGACAUCUUCCAGACCGUCGAUCUGUGGGACGGAAAGGACUUGGCAGCGGUUCAGCGGACGAUCAUGGCCCUGGGCAGCAUUGCCGUCACGAAGCACGAUGGGUUUUACAAGGGAGACCCCAGCUGGUUCCACAGGAAAUCUCAUGAGAACCCACGUGAUUUCAGCGAUGAGAAGUUGAGGGAGGGGAAGAACGUGAUCGGGCUGCAGAUGGGCUCCAACAAGGGGGCUUCACAGGCAGGGGGCACUGGGUACGGGCGACCCAGGCAGAUCAUCAACAACUGAGCUGAACUGAGGGGGGCGAGCAACCAACCAGGAGACACACCAACACCCCCAGCCAAUCCAAAGACACUCUGGGACCUCCCACCCCUUACAACCACCAAUCAGGAGCCACCCUGACCAUGGCACAGCCUAUCCCUGUACGCACUAUCCAGCUGGGAAUCCUCCUGCACAGCAAAGUCUUAAAAGGUCCAAGACGGGAUCUCUUGAACCAAAAACCUGACCAAAAAAUGAAGACAACAGCAUGACCAAAAUCAAACAAACCCGAGGGGAUAAAGAGAUCUCAUUCCACUCUGUAACACACACACCCCUCUAUUCAUCACACACACACACACACACACCCCUCUAUUCAUCACACACACACACACACACACACACACACAAACACACACACACACCCCUCUAUUCAUCACACACACACACACACACCCCUCUAUUCAUCACACACACACACACACACACACACACAAACACACACACACACCCCUCUAUUCAUCACACACACACACACACACCUCUAUUCAUAACACACACACUCACACACCCCUCUAUUCAUCACACACACACACACACACCCCUCUAUUCAUAACACACACACACACGCCCCUCUUCAUAACACACACACACACACACCCCCCUCUUCAUAACACACACACACACACACCCCUCUAUUCAUCACACACACACUCACACACACACCCCUCUAUUCAUCACACACACACACACACACACACACCCCUCUAUUCAUCACACACACACACACACACCUCUAUUCAUAACACACACCCCUCUAUUCAUAACACACACACACACACACACACCCCUCUAUUCAUCACACACACACACACACACACACCCUUCUAUUCCAUAUAUAUAUAUUUUUUAUUGUUAAAAUACACUUCCUGCAAUUUGUUUUUAUUUUCAAGUCUUGAAUGUCUUACAUAUCUGAAGCUAACCCAAGUAAGAAACAAAUAAAACGACUCCAUUCCCUGGACCGGCUUCUCCCACUGUCUCUCGUGUGAAAUUGCAACAGGCUAAUUUUGUAAAGAAUUCCUUACACUGUCACUGUCAAACCCCAAAUUUUGUAAAUUUUCUUUUGAAAUAAUAAUAAAAUAAAAGUCCAGUUCAAUCGA